AUGUCUCGUACACUGUGGCACGACCCUCUGGCUCUCGAUCGAGCCACCUCAGCCGCUCUAUUUGGCGGCCCUCAUCCCCUCCAUGUCGGGGGGAUAGACACGGUGGGCCAACCUUCCCCAGUCGGUGCGGCCACAAGUUUUCUUGUCCUCGAGAUGCCGGAGAAUAGAGACGGCGAGGAGAGGCUGGAGUUUCAGUAUCCAUAUGAAGAAGAAUACGACAAGAAAGGAAUUGAGGAAGAGUACGACGGCGAGACACAGGAUAUCGAGGAAGAAAGUCACGAGAAUGAGGAGCCCAACAAAGAAGGAGCGCAUAAGCUUUCCUUCGACGCCGAAUGCGUCUGGAGGAAGACACGGCCGAACAACAGGGAGCCAGCUUGGAGGAGACCUGGAGGUGGCCAGGAAAGCCCUCGCUUCAUCCCUGUCUCCCCGGUAGGGUACCGACAAACCCUCUAUUUGGGCAACCAGGACACGCCCACUGUGGCAUACCAUGGAGUGCCAUUUAAACGAUCGAAGGGUAUCCGGAACGACGCCUUCCAAGACACGGCCUCUUUCAAUCCUACCCUCACUAUCCACGAACACCACCUGGGACAGGCUAGCGGUGUAUACACAAAUGAAGGGAAUAAAUGCUCUCUCAUCACCCUUUAUGAGCGCUACCGCGGUCCCAACCCAAAUUUGGCGGGUUGGCAAGCCGCAUCGCCUCCCACUCUACAAGGCGGCACCCAUCCCCGGCCCUGCAAGUCCCAACGGGGCCUCGUAGAAUAUAUGGCUCUUCCUGAGGUCAAGAAGUCUCCUUGGAGGCGCAACGAUGUUUUGAACGUGCCGACAAUCUCGCUGAUGACAGGACGUACGCUCCACUCUGGAAACGGCGCGUCUGUCUUGUACGUGAAGUCUCUGAAGGCCAAGGUCGAGGGAAAGGGUCUUCACAAAGACGACGUAUAUAUCAUGAAGACGUUUUACCCGCCACGAGAUGAUGACGCUUCGACAAGGCCGGAAAUGAGCAGACGCCAACUCGAAACAGAGCUCGACUGCUACAAAAGAAUCAGCGAGAACUGGCAGUCUGAACACGUCGGUUUUGGUUUCAUCAUGGAGCUCGAAGGAUUUCUUGUGAACAACUUCGUAGAAGCUAUGCUCUUCGAACCCAUGUAUAUGGACUUGAGGUCUUUCAUGUGCCGAUGGAGCCUUGCAAAAGAUGCUCGAAGACUUAUGGCGCAGAUCGCAACCGGAAUUGGGCUUCUCCAUAGUAUCGGGAUCGUCCAUCGGGACGUUAAACCUGAAAACAUCCUCAUUGAUUCCAGAGGGAAUGCGAGGAUAACGGACUUUGGCCUCAGCUUCGUGACCAAGUUUGAGAUGGCUCUCCCUGUGGGCUAUCACUCGAUCGAGCAGUUCGCCGACCCCGAGAAAUUCCGGCGAGACUACGUCGGCACACCUGGCUACAUGGCUCCCGAGAUGAUCAACAACUGGGACACCGUGCCAGAGAUGGACUACUUCGCUCUCGGGUGCGUUUUCUUUGAGCUCCUCGGCGGCAAGGUCCUCUUUGACGUGGCGCACGUGGAAAUCAACAACUGGGACAAGGCAUGGCAUCAGGGGGUAUCGGAGCAGCAUACGUACCUUUGCGGUAAACUCAACAGUCUCCGGGAGAAUUACACAGCGCUGAAUCUGUUGUGUGGGCUCCUAGCUGUCGACCCUACACGCCGCUUUAACGUUUCACAGAUAGAACACCAUCUAUAUUUUAUUGGGAUUGAGGAUUUGUCUGAAUUCAAGAAAUUGGACUAUGCAUCUUGUCGUCCCAAGAAAUAUUCUUCGACACCGGAAGAUGCCUUUUCGAUGAAGGGUGCCCGCUACACCUUCCACCCCGGCGACCACCGUUCAAAUGGAUGGCUCAACCCAAAAGGUGCUUUCUUCACGACGUAA